UCCCAGAGCAUUCCCCACAACUGUCUGAUUCUGCAGAACUUAGUUCACUGCACUCUCACAGGGAAUAAUCACAGCUGAUUCUGUGUGAGCGUGUGUGAGAGAGAGACAGGCUUCAUGGGGGAGAGCAGAGGGGAAGACACUCCUAUCAGCGGGUCUGCAGAUCCUCAGAAGGAGAAUGAACCCGGUGGUCCAGAGCACAGAGAGAAGUGGGCCAAUAAGACGGAGUUUCUGCUGUCCAUGGCUGGAGAGAUCAUCGGCCUGGGGAACGUGUGGCGAUUCCCUUACCUGUGCUACAAGAACGGAGGAGGUGUUUUCUUCAUCCCAUACUUUGUUUUCCUCAUCUUUUGCGGGAUCCCCGUCUUUUUCUUGGAGACGACAUUGGGUCAGUACACCAGUGAGGGAGGGAUCACUGCCUGGAGGAAAAUCUGUCCUAUGUUUGAAGGAGUUGGAAUUGCCUCUCAGGCUAUAGUGAUCUAUCUGAACAUCUACUACAUUGUGGUUCUGGCCUGGGCUGUCUUCUACCUCUUCAACUGCUUCCAAACCACCCUGCCUUGGACAACCUGCAACAAUGUGUGGAAUACAGUAAACUGUCACACUUUCAACCGGAGCUUGCUGUCUUCAGGCCUGCACAGAUCAGACUCUGACUGGUCCUUCCUCUACAACGAAACCGACAACUACGAAAACUAUGUCUACAGCAGCAAUUCCAGCGUCUCUGAAAGUCUGCCGUAUGAUAUCGUCUCCCCGGAGGAGGAGUUCUGGCAGAAUCGUGUGCAAAGGGUAAGAAACGAUGAUUUUCUGGGUCUUCCACACUAUGACCUGGUGCUGUGUCUAAUCCUGGUCUGGACAAUCUGUUACUUCUGCAUCUGGAAGGGAGUGAAAUCUACUGGCAAGGUGGUGUAUUUUACAGCUACAUUUCCGUACCUCAUGCUGCUGAUCCUGUUCUUCAGAGGGGUCACUCUCCCUGGUGCUGCAAAGGGCAUCACCUAUUACCUUUACCCAGACAUCUCCAAACUCGCCAGCCCUGAUGUGUGGCGUGAUGCAGGGACUCAAGUGUUUUUCUCCUAUGCUGUGUGUCAGGGUGUUCUGACUGCUCUGGGCAGCUACAACAAAUACCACAAUGACUGCUACAAAGACUGCAUAGCCCUCUGUGCUUUAAACAGUGGCACCAGUAUCUUUGCUGGGUUUGCGGUGUUCUCCAUACUGGGCUACAUGUCUCAUGAGCUGGACUUACCUAUGGAAGAGAUUGUGAACUCAGGUCCGGGUCUGGCGUUUAUAGCUUACCCCAAAGCCCUGUCUCUGUUACCCGGCCCUCAGUUCUGGUCUUUCCUCUUCUUUCUGAUGAUCCUGUUCCUGGGGCUGGACAGCCAGUUUGUGUGUGUGGAAAGUCUGGCCACGGCGCUUACUGAUGUGUUUCCCAGAGUUCUGAGAAAGCCGAAUCGCAGAGAGAUCCUGGUGUUGGUCAUCGCUGUGGUCUGCUUCCUGCUGGGGCUUCCUCUCGUCACUGGGGGAGGGCUCCACCUCUUUAAACUGAUAGACACGUACGGCCCCAGCGGAAUCAACCUGCUCUUCAUCGCCUGCUUUGAAACCAUCGUCAUCGCCUGGGUGUACGGUGCAGACCGUUUCUAUGACAACAUCGAGGAUAUGAUAGGAUACCGCCCCAUGCCCGUGCUGAAGUACUGCUGGCUCUUCAUCACCCCACUCAUCUGCGGAGCCACCCUGCUGUAUGAUCUGAGCAGCAGUGUUCCACUGGGCUCUUCCGUUAACUUUGUACCCAGCUGGGGGUCGACGAUAGCUGCUCUGCUGGCUCUCACUCCGAUGCUCUGUGUUCCUCUCUUUAUCCUGAUCUCCCUCAGAAGGGGUUCUGGUCAGUUCACCCCAUCUCCUGACCUGCAACAAGCCAAACCUCUCAAGCCUCGGCUCACCAUGUGCGGCAAAGUCAUCGUUAAACGCCAGCGGCUUGUCCACAGAGCGUCGGAUACAAGCAGAAAGGCAGAAAAAGCCCCUACAGAAGACACCAACGAGGUGUAACAAGCCAGGAGGCGUGUCCAGAAACCUUUUAGCCUCACUGUGCAUGGGUUAUACAGAAUACCUGCAUUGAAAGGAAGACCAGUCUCAAACUGAGACCAUCUCUACAGCUAAAACUUAAAAAAAUGCCAAAAAAAACUUUGGACAUGCAGCAAACAGACUCUGAUCCUAGAUCAGUGGUCCUUACUAUGUUUUACAGUGAGUGUAGCCUCAACCUCAACCUCUUCCUCAUCUGGGAGGAAAAGGAAUUUCUAAUUAUUAUCUGAUGUAUGUCUAUGACGGGGCUAUAGAAUGACUAAAGCUGAUUGGAGAGCCAUGUUUAAAACUCUUCUUCUUUCCUUUCUAACUUGCUCUAAAUAUUCAUUUCUACUUUCCUUUUUAUCUAAAAAUAGGUUUAAGGUUGACCAUCAUAUCCCAUCUCCUCCUAUUCCUCCCUCAUAUUUCAGUUCAUCAAUGGAAAGUUUGGUCUUUUAGUUAAAAGUUCUCAAUGGGCUCCAGUACCAAGUAUUGGAAACACUCAAACACUUAUCCACUCAAAAAUCUAUUCAUAAUAGGAUUACUGCAGUUAUCUGAUGAGUUGAGUAUGUCUAGUAGUGUUAAUUUAAACAGCAUACAGCAUUCUCCUAUCUCCUUAGAUUAAAGAAAGGUCUAAAAUCUGAUUGAAACAAUCUGAUAAAAAGAGGAAAAUGUAAAGGAUAAAUAAGCAGCAACCUCAAGAAAUAAAAUGAAUUAACAGGUGUCCCAAUACUUUUGUCCAUAUGUUGUAUAAUCAAGCAAUAAUACAGGAGCAGGGGCGGGUGCUAUAACAUUUUGGCAUAGAGAUAUUGGCACUGGUUUGUGGUUCAGGGAGCAUGAGAUCAUCAUUUUCACACAUGGAUUGUUCACCACAGAGUCCAGAUCUUAACCUCAUGGAGAAGGCUUUGUGCAGCAGUCAGACUCUACCAUCAUCAAUGCUGCAAGAUCUUGGUGAAAAAUUGCCACAAUGCCACAGUGAAAAAAAUGCAUGCUGCAAUCAAAGCUAAAGAUGGUCCAACCAAAUAUUACAGUUUGUAAUACUGUCACAUGGAGGAGGAGGCCUGAUGCAAAUGCAAGUCGGUUUUAUUUGACAUAAUAAGACAAACCAAAAACUAGUUCAAAAAAAUAAACACCAAGACUAUAAAACAAAAACGAUAAAACUAAUGAUUAAACCAGUUCAAAACAAACAGAGAAGUGAAAUAAACUAACAAAGAAUCAAACAAUAUAAAGAAAACAAACCAGAACUCCAUAGACAAGACGUAGAUUAACAUACAGACACGGUUGAACAGGACAGCAUCAAACAAAAAGCACGACAGAGAACAAAGAAGCACAUGGGGUAUUUAUAUUCAGGCACACACUAGGGACACCUGUGGGCGGGGCUAAGGCGGAGAUAGGACAACAGACAGGGAACACAGACAGGAAAACAGAGGGCAGAAGCACAUUGAACCAAAAGAGGGGAAAACACAGGACAAGGCUAAGGUGUGACAAAUACAGUGUGUUUUUUGGUGCCAACCCUUUUUUUGGCCAGGCAGUUUAUAUUGAUUGAUAAUAUUGGAUUUAUUCAAAUUAAAGUAAAAAUAAAAUUACAUAUAGGUAAGUAAAACUAUACGCAAAACUUUAUGUAAACUAAAGGAAUUCUAACAAACUAAAGUGUUCUAACAAAUAAAACUAAAAUAAUAAAUAAAGGUACAGUGUGAAGGCACCGUGAAGUUUAUGAGUCAGUAGUUAACUAAGCAUCAUUUGCUUCUAAAAAGGACUAUACUUUAUUCUUAGAGCACCUUGCUUUAUCCAAGGCUUCAAAAUUGUUGUCCAAACAUUUAGGCCAUUUGAGGAAUUGUUGACCAUUAGAUGAACAACAUUAUAUUGUUCUAAAGUUCUUUCAUAUAUGAUAAUUGCAUUUAGAAAAACAUUGGUUGAUUUAAUUUGUUUACUUUGUAAAUUAAGAUUUUGCUAAUUAUUAAACAUUAAGGGAAGGUACGCUUAGUGUUAGUGUCUGUACUUCCAUAUUGUAGGGGUGGGCGAUAUGGCCCUAAAAUAAUAUCACAAUAUUUCAUGGUAUUUUCGCGAUAAUGAUACUCUUGGCGAUAUGAAAAGGUAAAAAAAAAAAAAUGUAAAAAAAAAUACAUUAUAUACUGCAAGAAAAAAAAUAAAUAUUACAUACAAUGUAAUAUUGCACACGCCUAAGUGAGAUAUUUAAAAAUACAAGAAUUUUAUCAGAUUUGUAACAGAAGUCAGUGAUCCAAAAUGUCAUGAUAGUAAUUAUAAUGCACUUCAAAUAUCUCCAUAUAUCCAGGAUUAAAGUAAAAUAAAUGAUACUGGACAGAUUUAAUCUGUCUCUAGUAGAUAUAUAAUGGGAAAUGGGAUGGGUGACAUGGCACGAUAUUUUAAGGUAUUAUAUCGUUCACGAUGUUUAAAAAUUUUGACGAUAUUUUUGUGUAUGAUACUAUAUGGUACAUCCCUAUCUAUUUGGAAGAAGAAUGGUCUGAUAUGCAAAAAGAAUGAAUAUUUUUGAAUUGCAAGUUGCGAGUUCAAUUCCACUCCUUGUAAUUCCAAUUUAAAUUCAAUUUUACAUCAUGUAGGGUUCAAAUAUAAAUUCAAAUUCAAUAAAUUGAAUUAUUUUCUGAAAUUAAGUAAAUUCUAAAUUUUGAACAGCCCUAAUGUACAGUAAGCACACAGUAUCAGAUGUUGGUAUUUGAAGCCUUGUUUGCGAUUAAGAAUACGAGUAAGUAAGCAUGGUAUUAGAUAGAUAUCAAAAACCCGUAUCAGUAUUCAACCAGGUACUUUUCAUGCAAUAACAGCACUCAAAAAAAACUUUUCAGCCAAUCUCAUUGCAGGCAGAGCCAUAUCUAACUGUGGUAUAGUAUUCACUAUAGAAAAAGACAAACUAAGAUCUGAGUCUGAGGUUAAACUCUAUGGAUGAGUGUAAACUGGCUCGUUGGUAAGCAUAAGGCUUAUGUUGGCCAUUUUAUUUCUUGUUUUAUCUUCUUUGUAACGUAAAUUUGUAAGGUUUUUUAAUUUUUAUUCUGUCCUUCUGCUGUUGCUUCUCCACACCAGCUCCAGAUAAUACAACUCAGAGAAGUGUCUGAAUGUGCUGAUAAUCCGGGUAUCAGUGAGUCAGCCACAGCGACUGUGAUGAUGUGUUGAUUUCCUCUCCUGAGACAGUUCAAUAAUCACAUGUUAAAUUAACAUUGAACAACACAGUUUGUUGUCUGAGCCAAGAUUGAGUACAGCUUAUUACAUUCAUUUUUAGAUAGCUAGUGUUGUAAUAGGAAGUAUCCAUACCCAAUACUAGUUACCCAGAUAACAAGAGCAUGUGGGGUCUGUAUGGGUAGCUCAGCUGGGCUUAAAAAAGUUUUUAUUUGUUUUAUUUUUUACAGUUUCCAGGUUUGCUUAUUGUAUGGGUGUCAGUGUUAUGCUAUAUGGGGGUCAGUGAUGGAUGGACCAGGAGGAUGUAUUGUAAUAUUCAAUGAUUUUUGUGUUUUGUGGAUUAUCUUUUAUUACAAAUAUAUUUUCAUGUUCAGUUAUAUAUUGGAAGAAAUGUCCUGUUGUAUUUUUUUUUUUUUAAUUUUCUCAUAUUCGUCUCAUAUGGAAUCAUGUCAUUUUACAUCUCACAUUAUAAACUGUUUGUAAAAAGUUUGGGAACUGGUCAAUGCUCUUUAUGAAUAUUAAUUACACUGUCAUCUCUGGAAAACCAGCAGCAGACUAGUACAGACAUUCUACCUACAGUGACGUGUUAAAAAUCAUGAGACAGGAACUAAACUGCGAAACAUAAACAAAAAGUCUCUAAAAUCUAGUUUAAAUAUCUGAAAUAAAAACUUAAUUCUACUUUAUAUUUUCCUGUUUACUGGCUCAAUAGCAAUAUAGCACCUCACAACUUCUACAGGUGUGGUCGUUUUCAAGCCAUUCGCUGAUGGAACGCUUUAUGACAUUUUACAUAUAGCUGUCCUGUGAUUUUUGGCAUGUCAGUGUAUUUAUCAUAUUUUAUAUAAAUAAAUAAAUAAUCUUU